GCUGCUAAAUGGUCAUCUCUGAUUGCAACAAGGAGGAGCCUAGAAACUUGGACUGUGGAAGGAAGCGGGUGAUGGAGUCGGAUAUGCGAUGAUGAACUGUGGCAAGGCCACGUGAAUUCAUGCCACUAAAAAUAAAAAAAAUAAAGAUUUUUUUUACUCUCUCUCUCUCUCUCAUACUCAUUGUAUAAUUAUAAAUACGCAACACCUAAAUUGCAGGAUUUCCCGUGAGGCUCUCAAAAGCCAAUAAAGUUGUCAACUUUUUUAUCAAAUCAUUCACGCAUUUCACCCCAUCAUCUUUCUACGUCAAUCGAAAUAUAUCGGCUCCCGUGUGGACUGCCACUACUCUGUCUCUCCCAUAUUCUUUGAAGCUUUCCACCACCUUAUUUGCAAGGUAGCUGGAAUGGAUUUCUGCUGUGUGUCCUUGAAACCCAAUAGCCAUUUGGCAAAAGCUAGCCAAGGUGAUCUCAGUAAUGGAGAAAAUCGGUUUCUUGGAGAGAAGAUCAGAGGAGGAAGCCUAAAUAACAGUAUUUGGGGCAAGCAGAUGCCAAAUGCUUGGAGAACUGAGAAGAGGGUCAAGAGGGUUAAUCCUGGUGUUGCUUUCUCUGUUCUUACAUCAAACACCCCCAAGGAAACUCUGACUCUGCAAGUUCCACAGUUUCAUAGACGAAGAAUGGACCCCAAAAAUGUCGCUUCAAUCAUUUUGGGAGGAGGUGCUGGGCCUCAACUAUUUCCUCUUACCAGGAGAGCAGCAACACCUGCUGUACCAGUUGGAGGAUGCUACCGUCUCAUAGACAUUCCAAUGAGCAAUUGCAUCAAUAGUGGCAUAAACAAGAUUUUUGUGUUGACCCAGUUUAAUUCUGCUUCACUCAAUCGUCAUCUUGCUCGCACAUAUUUUGGAAAUGGUGUUAACUUCGGAGAUGGGUUCGUGGAGGUUCUGGCAGCCACUCAAACAUCUGGAGAAAGAGGAAUGAAUUGGUUUCAAGGGACAGCAGAUGCUGUGAGGCAAUUUAUAUGGGUAUUUGAGGAUGCCAAGAACCGGAACAUUGAGAACAUUCUGAUUUUGUCGGGUGAUCAUCUUUACCGAAUGGAUUAUACGGAAUUUUUGCAGAGUCAUGUUGAUAGAAAUGCCGACAUUACGCUUUCAUGUGCAACAGCGAAUGAGAGCCGUGCAUCAGAUUAUGGAUUGGUGAAGAUUGACAGCAGAGGCCGAAUUGCGCAGUUUUCUGAGAAACCAAAGGGUGCUGAUCUGAAAGCAAUGAGAACAGAUACCAGUCUUCUAGGUCUUUCUGCAAUAGAAGCCAUGGAAUCUCCGUACAUUGCAUCAAUGGGAGUUUAUGCAUUUAAGACAGACAUUUUAUUAAAGCUCCUGAGGUGGAGGUACCCUACAUCAAAUGACUUUGGAUCUGAAAUCAUUCCUGCAGCUGUUAAAGAGCAUGAUGUUCAAGCAUAUAUAUUCAGAGACUACUGGGAGGAUAUUGGAACCAUAAAGACCUUUUAUGAUGCUAACAUAGCUCUCACUGAAGAGAAACCGAAGUUUGAGUUCUACGACUCAAAGACACCUUUCUUCACAUCACCUCGGUUCUUGCCACCAACAAAGAUGGAUAAAUGCCGGAUUGUGGAUGCAAUAAUCUCACACGGGUGUUUCCUGCGAGAAUGUAUUGUCCAACAUUCAAUAGUGGGUGAACGGUCUCGAUUAGAUUACGGUGUUGAGCUUCAGGAUACUAUAAUGUUGGGUGCAGACUAUUACCAAACUGAAUCUGAGAUUGCAUCCCUCCUGGCAGAAGGGAAGGUUCCUAUUGGGAUUGGAGAGAAUACAAAGAUUAGGAAUUGUAUAAUCGAUAAGAAUGUAAAGAUAGGGAAGGACGUGGUGAUCGUGAACAAAGAUGGUGUUGAAGAAGCAGACAGACCAGAAGAAGGAUUCUAUAUCCGUUCAGGGAUCACCAUUAUACCAGAGAAGGUAACCAUUAAAGAUGGCACUGUCAUAUAGAAAAAGAGGAAUUAGAUGGGCAGCUGAAGAGGAAAGUUUUUUCCGGGAUUUUGUCUUUUAGAAGAGGGAAGCGGAGCUUUUGUCAAUGUAUGUAAAACUGGAAGAUCCCUCAGGUUACUUAUCCUAUAAGAGAUGGUCCACGCGGAAUGUAUAUAGAUAAAAAUCAGAGGGGGCUUGUUUAGCUGGUACUUUUUUUUUUUUUUUUUUUUUUUGCCCUUUCAUAUAUCUAUAAUAAAAAAAAACCUGGAGAAUCAUGUAUUAUAUUGUCAUCAAUAAAUGCUUACUUUUCAAUCUUCUCAGAAC